AUGUCCGACGAACAGAAGCCCGUUGCUGCUCAGGCGACUAACGCAGAGGCUGAGAAGGAUGUCCAGAAUGUGCUCGCAGAGCUAAAGGGCGAGGCUGAGGCCCCUGCCAAUGGCACCGAAAAGAAGGAGGAGGCCCCCGCCGACAAGUCUGAGGAAGCGGAGGAGGCCCGCAUUGUUGCUGCUGCCGCUAAGCUCGGAGAGAAGUCGGAGAAGUCAGAGAAUGAGAACCGCACAGAGGAGCGUGGUGGUCGCUUCAACCGACAACGUCGCAACGAAAGCAAGUUCGACCCCUCCUCGCAGGAGGAGACGGAUGACCCCGUUGAGAUCCGCAAGCAAGUCGAGUUCUACUUUUCAGAUUCCAACCUGCCCAUGGACAAGUUCCUCCUCUCCAAGGUCGGCGGCAGCAAGAACAACGCCGUUUCCCUCGAACUCCUCCACUCCUUCAAGCGCAUGCGCCGAUUCCAGCCCUUCAGCGCCAUCGUCGAGGCCCUCAAGACUUCCGAUACCCUUGAACUCACAGACAACGAGACUGCCGUCCGCCGCAAGGUUCCCCUUCCCGAGACUGUCAAGGACACUCACGACCCUACCGUCGUCAAGGUGUUCGAGGACGAGGCCAUGGCCCGUAGCAUCUACGCUAAGGGAUUCGGAGACGAGAACCCCACCACACAGCUUGACAUCGAAGCCUUCUUCGCCCCUUACGGUCCCGUCAAUGCCAUCCGCCUCCGCCGCACCCAGGACAAGUUGUUCAAGGGCAGCGUCUUCGUCGAGUUCGCUUCCGAGGAGAAGGCAAAGGCCUUCCUGGAACUGGACCCCAAGCCCAAGUGGAAGGACCAGGACCUCAACAUCAAGAGCAAGAAGGAGUACUGCGACGAGAAGGUCCGAGAGAUCGAGGCCGGACGCCUCAAGCCUAGCGGUGGUCGCGGCCGCGGCGGGUCCCGUGGUCGUGGAGGACGUGGCGGCCGCGGCGGCCGUGGCGGACGUCGUGACAACAACCGCGACUGGAGGGAGCGACGGGACGAGGACCAGAAGCGAGGCUUCAAGAACAACCGCGACGAGCAGCCCGAGCGCCGUGAGGUCCAGAAGGACGCUCGCGGCGUGCCUGUUGUGCAAAGCACCGCCGACGCGGGUCAAAAGCGCACCCGUGACGACGAGGCGAACGGCGACCACCCCGCCAAGAAGGUCGACACCAAGGAGUAA